UGCAAGGUCUAAGAAGAAAAAUGGACCGUGAUUUGGGGAAAGCAAUAGAUAUUGCCACAAAAUUUGUCAAGGAGCGUAUAGAAGAACGCCAGGCAGGCGGACCGACGAGGAAAGACUUCUUGGAUGUGUUGCUUGAUUUUGAAGGAAGCAAGAAUGAACCCGCUAAAUUAUCAGAACUGGAGAUUAACAUAUUUAUCCUGGAAAUGUUCUUAGCUGGUUCAGAGACUUCUAGCACCUCCAUCGAGUGGGCAUUGGCGGAGCUCCUACGCAACCCGAAAGCAAUGGUCAGGGUUAAAAACGAGAUUUCAAGUGUAGUAGAAUCAAACAGGAAAUUCGAAGAAAGUGAUAUCGGUAAACUUCCUUACUUGCAAGCAGUAAUCAAAGAAACCCUACGCUUACAUCCUCCCCUUCCUUUCCUCGUACCUCGGAAGGCAAUUCAAGACACUAAUUAUAUGGGAUACUCGAUACCCAAAGAAACACAAGUUUUCGUUAACGUUUGGGCCAUUGGAAGAGACGAAGAAAAUUGGGAGGAGCCUUGGGAUUUUAAGCCGGAAAGGUUUUUAG